AUGGAUCGAUUAUUCCUUGUCGAGGGCCCUUUGUCGCCUUACCUCUUUAUUUUUUGUACGGAAGUGCUUAUCACACAUUUUCGGACAGCAGAACGGCUGACACUUCUUACUGAGAUCAAGGUUUCGACUGCUAGUCCCGCCAUUUCCCAUCUCUUAUUUGUGGAUGACAGUCUCUUUUUCUGUCGGGCCACGAAGGAGCAAUGUGAGGUGGUAUUAGGGAUCCUUCAUAGGUAUGAAUGGGUUCCUGGCCAACAAAUCUAUUUUCAGAAGUCCUCGGUCCAGUUUGGCCACACGGUGCAUAAUAGGCUCAGGGAAGAGUUAAAAGGGGUUCUGGGGAUCAUAACUGUGGGUGGUAUGGCAUCUUACUUAGUUAUCCCGGAAAGUCUGGGAGAGGCUAAGACGAAAAUCAUUUCUUUCGUUCAGGACAGAUUGCAAGCAUGGGCAAGUGGGUGGCCGGCUAGGCUUUUAUCAAAAGGUGGUAAGGAGGUUAUGAUCAAGUUCGUUGCUACGUCUGUUCCUACUUUUGUGAUGUCGUGUUUCCGACUACAUAACAUGGUUACUAGGAAGUUGGCUAGUGCAAUUUCUAAUUUUUGGUGGAGCUCAUCUGGACAAACACGAGGGCUACACUAG